AUGGAGCGGUUUGUUGUCCGAGGGGUUCGAGGUAAAAGGGCGAACGACGAAACUGAUGAUUCUUCCAGUAUAGAGCGUCAAGCAGAAACACAGCAAUCUGCGAGUGCAUCGGAUCUAACCUCAAAAGUGAUUGAUUCUGUUGCUCAGAAAAGUGCCGCACAUUCGGAAGUUCCACAAGUGUACCAACGCUGGAAACUAAACAAUCCCUGGCUUGGUCUAAACGAACUUGAUCAAAUAAUUUGUACCAUAUGUACUGAAGCGUGCAAUAAGAAAUUAGUGAUUUAUUUCACCUCGUACGAUCUACGAUCGAAAGAAACGUGGGUGGACAAUGGGUUCGGCAAUUGGAAACAUGGAGCGGAAAGGAUAAAAAACCAUUCGAAGGGUUCCCUUCACAUUAAUUGCGCAGAAAUUUUGAAAAAUUGUGGCAAAGUUAACGUUGUGCAGCAUUUAUCAACUUCAUUACAAAAUACUUUAAGAAUCCUCGGGAGGCAAGGACUGGCGAUACGCGGAACGGGCAAUGACGAAAACUCGAAUUUCAUGACAAUUUUGAAAGCGAGAGCAGAUGUUGUGGAGCUCGAAUCCUGGCUAAAAAGAACUGGUCAUAAAUGGUUACACCACGACGUCCAGGACGAAAUAGUACAAGCGAUGGCUACAGAAAUUAUGUUGGGAAAUAUAUGCGAGAUAAAAAAUUCCGAAUAUUUUUCUGUACUUCUGGAUGAAACAGCGGACAUAGCUAGAACAGACAAAUAUUAUACGAAAGCACAAACAUUAUUUGAUAUCGUCAAGGAUGUGCUUGUUCGUUUUGAUUUACCGCUCUGUAAACUUAGAGGUCAAUGCUAUGAUGGAGCUGCGAAUGUUUCCGGAAAAAUCUCGGGAUUGCAACAACGGAUUCAAGACGAAGAACCCCGAGCACUUUUUGUCCACUGCAAUGCUCAUAACCUUAACCUUGUUGUUCAAGAUGGAAUAGAGAAAGUGCUUGAAGCAAGAAAAUUCAUUGGAGAAGUCAAAGAUAUGAUAAACUUCGUACGGGAUUCGCCGAAACGAUUCAGCAAAUUCCAGAACUUACAAGCUGCUGAAAAAGAAGAAAAUGAGAAAGAUGUUCCCGCUCUUGUAGCAUACUGUCCAACAAGAUGGGUAGUGCGAAUAAAAUCUUUGAAAACUGUCUUGGCUAACUAUAAAAUGUUGAUGUCCUUUUUUCAAGAGCUGAUUAAGGAUCGAGAAGUCGACAGCACUAUCGUUGCCAAAGCUUCAAGAUUUUUAGAGCGCAUGGAAUCAUUUAAGUUUUUGUUUCUUUUGAAUAUGAUGGUUGAGAUUUUUGAUCGUAUUGAAAUUCUUAACAGAGAUCUUCAAAAUUCAGAGCUUUGCGUAGUAGAUUCAUGUCGUAAAAUAGAAGAUGUGACUUAUUCGUUGGAUGCCUCCCGCGAUUCUAAUCGCUUUGAUACUGACUCAGCCAAGUUUUUUAAAACUUUAGAACGUUUCGUCGUCGGUGAAGCAGUGGACGUGAAAAAAAUUGUCACGUUUUAUAAGGGAGAUUUUGAUGAAUUCAGAUUAGGAAGUGAUAAAGAUAUGGCUUUAAGUAUUAUGAAACGAAAAGGAAAGAAUCCGCAAAGUUUGAAAGAUGUUGUGGAAUUCAUGCGCGAAAGAGAUUGGGUCAUCUUGCUCUAA